UCAGAAGGCAGCGUGUACGGUCGCACCCACAGUUCGCGCUGCUCUCCUGGUAUAAGCGCUGAGCAGCCAGUUGGCGCACAGUGAGGGUGUAGGCGCGCAGAGACGUGGACGUGAGGACGCACUGAGCAGAGGACCGAUCCUCGGACCUUAAGCGCAUUCACGUGAAAGAGGACCACUUAUGCCCGGAACUGUAGACUUUAUCAGCCACCGCCACCAAAACCCAAAGAUUAUUGGUGACUCCCGCUGAAGAAUCACAGGAGUUCUGCAGCGUAACGCGAGGACGGAUGCUGUUUCCUGACUCUUUUUGAUAUCUCAGCGCACUGAUUUCGAUAUAACUGAUUGAGUCAAUGUCGGAGAACAAGACAAGGAUAUAAUUUCUUCUUGGAAUUAAAAGUUGUCAGUUAGUUACUCAUCAGCACCAAACUUAUAUUUAUACGCCUGGGAAUCACGCAUGGAGAUGGCGCAAAGGUAUGAUGACCUGGCUCACUACGGAGGAGCUAUGGACGGAGUCGGAGUACCCACCUCCAUGUACGGAGACCCGCACGCUCCCCGGCCCCUGCCCCAAGUUCAUCACUUGAACCACGGACCCCCUCCCCACUCGACGCAGCACUAUGGUGCCCACGCGCCGCACAGCAUCAUGCCCAGCAGCAUGGGCAGUGCCGUCAACGACGCACUGAAGAGAGACAAAGACCUAAUCUACGGCCACCCUUUAUUUCCUCUACUGGCUCUCGUGUUCGAGAAGUGCGAGCUUGCUACCUGUACGCCGAGAGAGCCCGGGGUGGCGGGAGGAGACGUUUGCUCCUCCGACUCGUUCAAUGAAGACAUCGCCGUGUUUGCCAAACAGAUCCGAGCAGAGAAGCCAUUAUUUUCUUCCAACACAGAACUGGAUAACCUGAUGAUUCAAGCGAUUCAGGUCCUCCGAUUUCAUCUCCUGGAAUUAGAGAAGGUUCACGAGCUCUGCGAUAACUUCUGCCACCGGUAUAUCAGCUGCCUGAAGGGCAAAAUGCCUAUCGACCUGGUCAUAGAGGAUCGAGACGUCUGCAAGUCAGACUUCGACGACCUCUCAGAAUCAUCCACCAACCUUGCAGACCAUAAUCCAGCAUCCUGGAGAGACAUGGACGAUGCACAUUCCACACCCUCCGUGGGAACCCCAGGACCAUCCAGUGGAGGGCACGUCUCACAGAGUACAGACAACACCAGUGAUCUCGGAGAUGCCCUCGACAACAGCCUAGCAUCGCCGGGUACAGGAGAUGAAGACGACCAAGACAAGAAAAGGCAAAAGAAACGAGGCAUCUUCCCUAAAGUGGCCACAAAUAUAAUGAGAGCGUGGCUAUUCCAGCACCUUACGCAUCCGUAUCCUUCAGAGGAACAGAAAAAGCAGCUAGCACAGGACACAGGCCUCACUAUACUUCAAGUGAACAACUGGUUUAUCAACGCAAGGAGGAGAAUAGUCCAGCCUAUGAUUGACCAGUCCAACAGAGCAGUAAGUCAGGGUACAGCCUACAGUCCAGAUGGCCAGCCAAUAGGAGGCUUCGUUCUUGAUGGGCAGCAACACAUGGGUCUCCGACCUGGAGGGCCGAUGGGUGGUAUGGGUAUGAAUAUGGGCAUGGACGGGCAGUGGCACUACAUGUAAAACCACUCCACUAAGGCGAGCCUGAACAACAGGAUAGAGCUUGGCUCAGGGACCUUCUUCCAUCCGGCUUCAAAGCUGUGCAAAGGUGCCACCGCUGCCGCCAAGUCACACCCACCCAACCACUACCACCUCACCUUGCCCGAGCCAGCAUGACGCGCGCCCGCAGAGGAUCACCAUGGGGACGCCUACCCUCAGCCCAGAGGCCGCCCAGUGACACGGACACUCAGUUCGAGCUGAGAAGCUUCGCGGCUGCACGGGGAAUAAACAGACCAGGGACUUGAAAAGAACCAGAAGGACUCUCCUUCAUUUUCUAUUAAAUUAUAUAUUUAUUUGUUUACUAAGGCAGACUACUGUAGUGAAAAAAAAAAAAAAAAAAAUGUAAUUUUCUUCUUUUCACUUGGCUCGGUCAUACCGUGCCAUAUGUCCAUCCCGAGCAAAAUAAAGUGUACACAAUGAAAAUAACGCCACAAAUCCAACAAAUACCACGGAAUGUGUUUUUAAACAAUAUGAGACGCUUUUAAUUGUUGUGGUGUAGAGUGUUUUUCAUUUGAUUGUUUCUGUCCAUGUUUGCGAUUGUGCUCACUAGACGUUUAGACAUUAGACUAUACAUUUAACAUUUUUAGUUAUUAUUAUUUUAUUAUUAUUUUGUCGUUUUUAAACCUAACUUAAACAAGGCUUUUGCCAGAGCGUGUUCUGGACGUUUGGCUCGGUCGUCACUGCACUGCAUCUCUUUCGGUAUUUUUUAUUGUUCACCUAAACUGAUUGUUUUAUUACUGACAGUUGUUUCUGACAGUAUUUUAAACCGUUUCAUAGCCCCAAAAUAAAAGAAGACGCCAGCACUAACCAAAAUAAAGACUUAAAUGAAGAAAGAGAGGAAAAAACAAACAAAACGAAGCAGAUUGUUUUAAUAUCGAGAGCGUCUUUGUUUAUUUUCUUGCCAGCUCUUUUUAAAAAUCCCGACGAGGGAGGUCACUGUUGGUUUGAGGAGAAAAAAAAAAAAAAAAAAAAAAAAAAAAACAUUAGUUGGUGGAGCAGGUCACGUAGGGAGCUGUGGUUCGAUAAGAGACGGAAUUGCAGUUGUCUCGCCUUAUUCAGCGGACGGUGGCAGGAAUGAUGGAUGACCGGCCUCGAAAUUCAAGAACAUCAGAACGAAAUCAGAGGCUUUCACCAAACGUUUCUUUACAGCCUAUUAUGUAUGAUUGUGCGUGGGUGUGUGUGUAUGUGUGCCAAGCAAACGCAAGAACACACGCAAGCCUAAAGGAAUCAGCCUUACAUUGUUUCGGGUCCAACUACUUAUGAUAGCUUUCCGUUAACACCGUCUGCUCACACACACAUUCGUCAAUAGCCUACAUAAAAAAUAAAAUAAAAAAUAAUAAUAAAAGCAAGGAAAUUAAUGGAAUGGAGAGAGUCAUGCGCUUUAAUAAAAUACCUUUAUAUAUCCCGAAUAAUCUAUUUAUAUUUUUGUUUUUGUUAUAAUGAUAAUUAUAAAUAUAAAAUAUAUAAUAAUAAAUAAUAAUAAUAUGGCAUGAUUUGAAUUGUUAUUAUUAUUUUAGUUUUAAUUUGCCCGAAAAGUCUCUAUCUUCCCUCACAUUAUUCAUAUAAAACAAGCUCAUUGUUCGUACUGUUUAUAUAUUCAAUUUUAAUAAACUAACUAAAUUGUU